CGUUACUCUAGAUAAUUUUUGCUUUAUAUUUUCUUUUAAUUUGGGAGGAGAGACAACCUAAAUCGUUUCGUUCUACCGCUUUAACUAACGUUAUAUUGGACUUGCAAAACACAAUAGCUUGCAAGCUAAACAAGUGAAGCAAAGUCAUCGAGAAAUUUACUUUACAAAUUUCUGUCGAGUUUUCAGUUUUUUUUCGGUUUUGCUUUUUUGAAGGUGUGAACACCCCUUUUCUUGCUAAUAUAACUUUAGUAGAGUUAUGGCAAAAGUACAAGUACUAAAUGUGGCAGUCCUGGACAACCCGAGUCCGUUUGGAAACCCCUUUCAGUUCGAGAUAACGUUUGAGUGCAUGGAGGAUCUUCCUGAGGAUCUGGAGUGGAAGAUUAUUUACGUGGGCUCGGCAGAAAGUGAGGAGUACGAUCAGACUCUUGACUCUGUCCUGGUUGGUCCAGUUCCUGCAGGCCGACACAUGUUUGUGUUUCAGGCGGAUGCUCCAAACUGUUCCCUAAUACCAGAGACUGAUGCUGUGGGUGUCACUGUCGUUCUGAUCACGUGCACAUACAGAGGACAGGAGUUCAUACGCAUCGGCUAUUACGUUAACAAUGAGUAUACGGACACUGAGCUUCGUGAGAACCCACCACUUAAACCUAACUAUGGACAGCUCCAGAGGAACAUUCUGGCUUCAAACCCACGUGUAACCAGGUUUCACAUCAACUGGGAGGGAUGUGCUGAGAAAAUGGAGGAUUCUGAGAACGUGGACCCUGCACCAAACGCCAUGCUGCCCCCAUCCUGCACCCCAGGAAAAGCACCUCUGCUCGGCCUGGUGCCAGACAACUCCAUGGACUGUUUGUAGUGACGCAGACUCCUGUGAAUAAUCCUCACAUCUCAAGGCUCAUCCAUGAGCUCAGGUCAAUCUGGACACUGUGGAGGAGAGGCGGGAUUAUUCAAACGUAUCACAAAUAAAAGCUUUAUCUAAUUGUGUUUCAGUCAGCACGCCUUAUUGGUUCCAAAUGAGUGCUGUGCAGAAUUCUUUAGAUGCUUUCAGCAUGCAAUAAAGAUGUUUGCUUUUCAGUUUGAAACAUGAGUGAGUCAUGAAUCUAAGACCCAAUUCAGGAAUUAGGAUGUGCUGAAUCUAAUGAUCCAAAACCAAUCCAUUCAUCUAAACCGAAAGGGGGUGGGAGAUCAGCGCACUAGAUAAGAUGUCAGAUGCGCAACUAAUUUAACAGACGCAAACAGCAGUACUUUUGUAAAGGACAUUUAUUUUUGUAUUAUAUUGUGUGUGUGUGUGUGUGUCUGUAUAUAUACUUGUCUGUGUCUUUUUGUAUCCGGUUCUCAUUGAAAUAAAUGAUUUGUAACGUGA